GUGUCUAUGUGUGUGUGUGUGUUUUUAUGAAUGAAGUGAGUCACUGCCGAUGUGUCAUAGGCCGUCUUUAUAAAGGAAGUUUUAAACAAGCCUAAACACUUCACUGCGCGCAAAAAUUGGACUUACCACACUCGCAUCCCUCUCUCUGCAUUUCUGUAGCCUCUCGCUCUCCAAACUGUCUAAGUGCCUCUCUACCUCUCUGCACUCUAUAAAGACUGCAGGGGCUCCUCUCAAACUUUACCAAAGACAGAAAGUUUGACGAUAUUGACUUUUUUUUUAAUAACAUUUUCCUCCUCUCUCUGAGUGCUCCACUCAUCACUGCCCUCUCAUUCAUUCUGUCCUGACAACUUUCCUCCUCACUCUGACUGAAGAGUGCGAAGAAGAAGAAGAAGGAGAAGAAGACGAAGAAGAAACCGGAGCACGUGACAAUUUCCGGAGUUCAAUUUAUUUAUUAUUUUACUAUUUAUUUUUUUUAUUUUUUUUCUCUCUGCUGGUUUGCUCAUCUCUUGGACCAAUAUGAAAUUGCUGCUCGACUCCUCCUCAUCGCUCCUCUUCUCGCUGCUAUUGGCCCAGCUGCCUGUGUUCACGUCUGCAUCUCCAGUGCCUCAGCGGCGGUCCAGUGACAUGGAUAAACUGUCCAAUCAGACCAAAAAUUUAAUGAAGCUCACCCAAGAACUGUUGAAGGAGCACCCGUUUGACUCAGAUGUGGAGCUUCACAGGUUCAGGUAUCUGCCAGAAAUGAGCAACAGAUCAGCCAGUGACCUCAACAAUCUUGAGCUGAAGCCCACACUCUCUCAGCUGCAUGCCGACCUGAAGCUGUAUGAGCACCACUUUGUGUGGCUGAACAGGAUUUCAAAGAAGCACCACCACCAGCCAGUGCCCAAGUUGGCGGAGAUGAUCAGAGAAAUGAAAUCUCUCAUCACUCUGCUGUCCCAUCAGAUGCAGAGAGUGGAGGCACCAGUGCAGGCUCCAGCAACCCCCUCCCUCCCCCCUCACCUCUCCUAUCAGUUCGACGUCCUCCAGUCCAGCCACGAGCUUCUGCAACACUUCAAGCUCUUCUGUGACUGGGCAUACAGAGCAUUCAUCAGCCUCAAACCCAAAGUAUCUGCAGUGCAAUGAUGAGCCAGUGAGGAUGCAUAGUGAGUUCCACUUCGGUCAAUGAGGAAACUGCGCACUGUACUCAUUGGCAUCCCUUAAGAGGCCUAACCAUCAAUCAGUGGCAUGCGUGUUGAAGAAUACGUCUUUCCAUCAAGCCCGUGAGGAUGUAUUAUGCUGCAGCCAGUUACAACCAUCAAGAUUCCCGUUAAAGCAAACUGCCAGUUUAACUACAGAGAUCAUAUCCUGCUUCCUCAAACUCUCUCCGAAAGGCCUUGUUCAUGACCAUGUUAUUUAUGUAUUUAUUUAUUUAUUGACUGUUAGUAAUUUAUUUAAUUUUAUUUAUUUGAAGUUUUUAAUGUGUCACUCUAACUUUUAUUUCUGUACUAACGUGAACUUAUUCACCCCCAUCAAUGUAAUCUUUUAUUUUUCUCUUGUGUCUCACUGAUCCUCAAGAAAAACACAGUAGCACUUCCUGAACUUACAGCUCUGCAAAUGACUUCUGUUUAAAUUAACUUAAUAUUCUUUACAUUUAUGUAUUUCUUUCAGCCAAUACCAUCUCCAGUAGAUGUAGCACACAUUUAGGACAGCCAAGGUCACAAUCUCUCACUUACAGUGCCCUUAAAGUAAACAUUUUAGAGGACGCUAACCAUGACAAAUGUGCCACGUAUUAAUGCAUCGAUUGAUGAAUUGAUUUGCUUUUCAAAUUCACUGAAUUUGUUUGCAAAUGUCGCGAUGGUUACUGAGGAGGAGUGAAUGCUUUCUUUUGUACCACAGACGGAGCGUCUAUUUUCAAUGCCUGUUUCUCAUGCUCUGCAUGAGGAGGCAUACUUAACAUUGUGGUAAAGUUGUAUGAAUGUGCCCUGUUGUUGAGCACUGAUGGUCCUGAUUAGAUUCUUUGCACAAACUUGUUAGGAUUAGCCUCUUGGAAGAGUAAGAUGGCUGAUUUUGAACCUGUGCUUUGGGGUAGAAAAGUUUGUUAUUUUUAGUUAAACACCCAAAGCCUUAAAAUACUAUGUAUUGUGACACUAUGUUCUGUACAGGUGUACAUAAAUGUACAAGAAUGUAAAUUGUUGUAUACAGUGCUUUUUGUGUAUUAUGUUGUUUUCUACAAUAUAAUGUAGAUUACUUUUCAAACCCUAUCACUAUCAUUUUUGUCCAUUUCUAUUCUAGUAUUUGUUACAGUAUUGACUAUUUAUUUAAGUAACUUUGUGGAACUAUUUAUUUUGUGCUGCAGCGGAGCAAGUCUCCCAUCUUUUUGUACUUUUAUACAGUUUCAUUCUUACUCACUAUUAU